UAUUAGGUGUAAACAAACGUGGAAGGACAGUAGAAUGCAGACUUCGACCCCUAUUUUACGGGCUUUUUCUGGCCUCAGAUUGGGAUUCCUUAGGCCAAGAUAUACACACAGUGAUGCACUGAGCGAGAAUGACCUCGUAAACCCACAAUGUGUUAACAGAAAUCCCCGAAAUAUGGAGAUGCUGAGGUUGGCCCGGAAACCUCAAGGCUGGGGCCUCGACAGCCCAAGUUGUAAUUAUUGGUACAAAUUGUUUCUAGAGUGUACCCAACGCCAUGUAACUGCCCGUGUUGAGCAUUUCACUGGUAAGACGGUGGUGUUGGCAUCAACUAAAGAGUGGGCCAUCAAACAGCAUCUCUUCUCCACAACAGACAUCAAUGCUGUCAGGAACAUUGGCCACAUCAUUGCGCAGCGAUGCUUGCAGUCUGGUAUUUCAGAACUUCACACAGAGCUCCAGGAACAUGUAGAUACAUCAGAAAAGAUAAAAUCCUUCAUGGAGGCUCUAGAAGAAGGAGGCCUAACCACCCGUGAACCUACGACGAUAAAGGAGGACUCGGUGCACCCAUUACUGGCAAAGAGACGAGAAACUCUACCCUGGACGGUUCUGGAAGAGGAAGUGCUCAAGGAAGAAGAGAGGAAAAAGAAAAAAGAAUAAUUCUUUCUCUCUUGAUGAACUGUUAAAUAUAUAACAAAGAGUUUCAAGUUGAUGACUGCAUGGAUCCUUUUUUUCUUUUGCUUGUAUAAAUAGUGUAAAUAUUAAAAUGAGUUCAAUAUGU